AUGACCAGAACCAGAAUCAGAACCGCCCUCACGCCUCCUCCCUCUCCUCUCCCAACCAGCACAGACCUCUUGCUGCUGUUGCUCUUCUUUCUCUCCUUAUCACCCAGGGAGUCUCUCUCCCUCAUCGACUUCCACUUCGGAAACUGCAGCCUCCCCGUCACCUGCGGCGGCCUCAACAUCACUUCCCCGUUCUACGUCCGCGACCGGCAGCCCUCCUACUGUGGCUUCCCAGGCUUCGACCUGUCCUGCCCGAACGACCGCCCGGUCAUCACGCUCUCCGGCGACGACUAUGUCGUCCGCGAUGUCUUCUACGAGAACCAGUCUCUCCGUAUCUCCAAUGCCGCCCUCCCCGACGACAACUCAGCCGCCUUCUCUUCCUGCGCGCCUGGUUCUCUCAAGAGCGUGACCCUCCCGUCGACUCUGUUCCAGUUGAGCCUGAACGUUCCCGACACUCUCUCUCUGUUAUACAACUGCAACAUCACUCCCCGCGCCGACGAGCUUCUGAACUACAGGAUCAGCUUUUCUGGCGAAGAAGGUGAAGGCGGGGUGGUGUUGGGGAUAUAUGGGGAUGGCAAGGAUCAAGAAGUGAUUGAUGCGGCAAAAGAGUGCCAGACUUUGGUGGAGGCGCCGGUGGCGGCCAAGUGGAUAGGGAGGGCAGAGAUAGAGGAGGCGUUGAGAAGUGGGUUCGUGUUGAAUUGGACGGCGAGCGAUUGCAGCGCGUGA